AUGUCCUUCCUCGCUUCCUGCUGUGGAUAUGGCCGUAAACGUGGUGACGACACCGAGCCUCUGCUCCCACGGUAUGAAGACGAUACUGCUCGUCAAAGAGCUCUCCACCAGAAACUGCACUCGUACCAGAUGGUGAGAGCUCUUUCCAAGGGUUACAUGCCAUCCAAUGAACAAACCAUCAUCAAUCUUCGAACCCUCCUCGCCUCCGACCUCCUCAACCCCGGUAACGCUGAGCUGAGUGAUUCAGGCCGCCUACUUGUUCGAAACUGUCGAGGCUGGCUGAAGCUAUUCAUCGAGCUUUUGAGAAACAAGAACAGCGAGGACCAGAUCCAAGAUUUUAUUUGGUACCUUACAAAAUCCAGAAUCUCCGUCGAUAUCAGUGAUAUCGCUCAAUCCGCCUCAAAGGUCAAGGCCAGGGCCGACGCUCGAGCAACUUAUGAUAGUUUUCGAACCGUCGGGAGUCUGCUCCUCACGAACUCGGACUUUAGGCUUUUUGUGAAUGACGUUGCCACGAUAGGCAGAGAAGUCCUGGCCGACACUGCGUUCUCCCUAUCGGCCGCCGCAGAGAAGACCGGCAAGCAACUUGUAUUGUCUGCUGAAGAAGAAAACACCCUGAAAGAGCCUGGAGCAGAUGAGGGCUCUCUUCCCUCCAAGCAAGAUCUCGAACAAGGGGCCGAGGAAACUGCCAAAGUCGUUAGCCAGCAGGGCGCUCAAGUUGGAAAGGAUACAAUCGAAAGUGCCAAGCAGAGUUUCACUGGCGCUCAAGGGGAAUCCUUGCUGUACAGACUGAAACAGACCGUCAUACACUUGAGAAAACGGACCGACUACCAGGACUCGGUUUCCACGAUUGCGAAGCUGAUCCAGAGGUAUGCCGUUGCGUACUCCAGGGUUGCUGAUACCGCUAUCGCAACCGCGCAAGAAGAUGUUGACACCAACCCAGCUUUGGAUCGUGCCGUCCGUAAUUUCUGGGACCUUUUGAGCAGUUUUGGUGAUAAGAAGGCCUGGCAAGAACUCGAGAAAUAUUUCAACCAGGUGCUUAGCCAUGCUCAAUCUGAUCCUCAGUUCGAAGAUUUCAUGGUCGACAUUGGGAAUUCAGUACAGAAGAUGUUGACUGAUCCCGACUUCUUUGAGAACGCCGAUAAGAAAAUCGAAGAACUAAAACAAAAAUCUGCAAAGCUUGGGUCUGAAACCACCUUCCGCGAUGAUCUCGAUAAACUCUUCAAGCAAACUCAGAUCACACUCACUUCCGUCGUGGAAGAUCAGGAUGUCAAUGCCCUGCUGCUGGCCACCCGCCGCAUCUAUAAAACGCUUUCACCGCCCAAUCAGAUUACAAACCCAGAUCUGAUAACCGAUUCCCUCCACAUCUUCCUUCCCUUACUCAUCAGAAGCAUCCAGCAUAUUCCCAUUCCUCGUAUUGAGGUGUCCGUCCCCGAAAUGGAUCUUCUACUAGAAAACCUGGUUCUUGAACCUGGCCGCAAUGUGAACUCCACUUCUUUCUUACCUUAUCGCCUUCUGGUCUCAACCCAGAAUGACUUGGAGAUUCGCAAAGCCCAUUCCAAGAAGACUGUCUCUCGCACAAAAUCCCUCAUUACUGUCUCUGUCAACGGCUUGUCGGUCGCCGCCCAGGAUCUGGGCUUCUGGGUUCGAGGCCACCCAGGCUUGAUUCGUUUCGCUGAUGAAGGGAUUGCCUCAUUCUCCUUGGACGAACGUGGCAUUGACAUCAGUAUCGAUAUGGAAGUUGGUCGCGAACGUAUCGAGCAGAUCUUGACACUUCGCGGCGUGAGGGUUCACAUUCACAAGCUGGACUAUACACUGCGCAAAAGCAAGCUGUCAUGGCUCGGUUGGCUGUUUAAGCCGUUCUUGAAACAUCUCAUUCGUCGAUCGUUGGAAAAGACAAUCGCUGAAGGCAUCGUCUCGACCCUCCGCACUGCAAACAGGGAGUUAAUCUUCGCACGUGAAAGACUCCGAGCAACGCGUAUUGCCGAGCCACAGGACGUACUCACCUUUAUCAAGGCGGUUUUGGCGAGAUUAACUCCAGAAGAAGAUCCUGAUGUAUACACCCGUGUCGGAGUCGAUGCUCCACAGCAGGGAGUCUUCAAGGACAUUUACACACCAGGCAGCAUCGUCAAGCUAUGGCAUGAAGAGGCCCUGCGUGCCGAAGAAGCGGUAGCAGACGGUGAGGAGCGUGGCGGAGGCUGGAGAAAUGAUAUCUUCGAUACACCUGUGAUGUAG